CCUCUCUCUCUCUCUCUCUCUCUCUCUCUCUUCGGCAUUCCCAACAGGUUAAACCAGCACAUGAGGAAGCCGCAGGGGGCGAGGGUUCGCCUCUCGCCGCGGGCCCUGAUGCGACCCCCUAGCCCCAGAUCCACCAUCCCGGGUCGCUGUCUUUCCUCUCUUCUCCUCGUUGCCGCGGUCACCUUGCCCUGCGCCGUGCUCUACCGCGCCGCCGCGCCCACCUCGUCCCCAUCGUGGCGGCCCGGCCCUGCGAUCCCCGAUACCUCUCCCAUCGCCACUCAAUUGGAAAGUGAGGAUGUUCGGCUUGAGAAGGUUCUGGAGGAAGCAGCAAUGGAAAACAAAACAGUAAUAUUGACCACAUUGAAUGCGGCAUGGGCAACUCCUGGAUCCAUUAUAGAUUUAUUCAUUGAAAGCUUCCAAAUUGGUGAUGGAACACGCAAACUUCUCGACCAUUUGGUUAUCAUUGCAUUGGACAAGCAAGCAUACAUGCGGUGCUUGUCUAUACAUGCCCACUGUUUUCCACUUAUUACUGAGGGAGCAGAUUUCUCUGAUGAGAAGCUGUUCAUGUCUGCUGGAUAUCUGUCGAUGAUGUGGACAAGGAUAGAGUUUUUGCGUCUAGUUCUUGAAAAGGGUUACAACUUCAUUUUCUCGGAUGUAGAUAUCUUGUGGUUCCGGAAUCCUUUACCACAAUUCUAUCCAGAGGUCGAUUUUCAGAUAGCUUGUGAUCACUUCAUGGGUGAUGCCUUUGAUUUAGAAAACAUUCCUAAUGGUGGAUUCAACUAUGUUAAGUCUAACAAUCGGACCAUAGAAUUCUACAAGUUUUGGCAUGCAUCAAGGGAGAAAUUUCCAGGACAUCAUGACCAGGAUGUAUUUAACUUUAUUAAGCAUGAUCCAUAUCUCUUGGAAAUGGGAAUAAGAGUUAGAUUCCUGAGCACUGCUUAUUUUGGUGGUCUUUGUGAGCCCAGCAGAGAUUUUAGUAAGUCUUGCUCCUCUAGGCUCAUGAUGAUUGGUGGAUACAUGCCUUGUGGAAGAUUAAUGGAUUCUUUUACAAAUUUAGUUUGCAUGUACUUCAUGAUGUUCCAAAAGAUCAUCUUUGUACAGAUUAGCAUGGAGCUAGCUGCCAGGGGCAUCACUGAUAGAUAAACAUGUAACUCUUCAACAGGUUGUGGGCUUGAAAGUUAUUGAAGUGAGCUAAGAUACUCCUUCAACUGCUCGAAAUCCAUUUGGCACUAUUCAAUCCAUUGAAUUUCUUUCGAUCGCUUUAAGGUUUAAAAGACAGAAAGACACCUACCAGGUCUGGAAGAAAGGAGGAACCAUCUUAAAGCAGUGAUUCAACCAGUCAAUUACUAAACUUCCUUGAAUGAUAUCGAAGGCUUCUCGUCUAUAUGGCCUUGACCUUCUACAUAUUGGCAUCAAUUCCCCCUCGAUGGAUCAUGAAUUCAAGGAACCUCCCAAAGCCAACACCAAAGUCAUGCUUGGAUGAUUUCAGCCACAUUAAGUUUGUUUUAUUAUUGUUGAAUGUCUCUUUUAAAUCACCCAAAUGGGUGUUGGCUACUCAGCUUUUCAAACAUCCACAUAAGUGUUCAUGUUGCUACCUAUCUAGUGUUUAAACAUCUUGUUAUCAUUCUUUGAUAGUGAGACCAGCAUUUUUUAACCCGAAGGACA